AGCGAUUUCAAAUAUAGUAUCGAUAUUGCUCUGUGGCUGGCGAUAAUUGAAGCAGUUCAGUGCUGUAAAGCGCUACACUAAAAGUGCAACGCGUUUUUGGUAUUUUUGUGUGUUUUUGUUUUGCUAACUGCACUGACAUCAUUCCGCUUUCUUUAAGAAAUUUGCUAAUUAGAAUGGAAGCACUAGAUAUAUUGGAGAAAAGAAUCGAUGCACUUAACCGAGUGCUAGGUCCUCUACCUGAAGCCCAUGUUGGAGAUGCCGAUGGCGCAAACACAACGAAGACUGCCAACAUAGUGGACACUCUCUGUUCUGCCAACGCCUUGUUGAGCGAAGCCACAACGGGACGAGCACAAGUGCAGCAGUGCGUUGGCCGCGCAGCGGAACUUGAGAAGUAUCUGGAUCCCAAUUACUUGGAAGAUCAGCAGCAGGUUCGCGCCAAAGAGGUCUACAUAAAUGCAGUUGCACCUGAGCUAUACGCACAGAGCGAACAGCUUGGGCGGAUCAAACAGCUGGAACCUGCGCUCGGUGCCGAAUACUUUCGGAGCAUACCCAGUGAGUGUCUGGACAAGCUAAAGCAAAUUACUGAUAACAACGGAGAAUAUGCACAACAAAGCGAAUUGAUUGAAGAGAGUCUAAUAUUGGCCAUGAAACGCUAUGGCGAAAUACAAGCGGGCUUGCUCACCUCGCUGGAUGCCAUGAACGAACGCCUCGACCAGGUCGAGCAGCGAAUGGAGCAGCAAAAACGAUCCGAGCUUACAAAGGAUGUGCCGCCUAAGGACUGAAGUGCUUAAUCGUCUCCC